UUAUCUGCAUCCUCACUGGACUCUUCAGCUGCCUCUCGGUUCAAAAGAAAAAUCUCAGACUUUUCAACAAAUUGGAAACGUUUCAUCUGGUUUAGCUGCGGCUCCGCUUCUGAACAAGCAAUUUGGGGAAGUUGCAAUAAWACCAGGCAGUUCCACACACUGCUCGGUGAAAACUAGGUUAUCUUUGUGCUCCGGUUUCCUCUGAAGUUGCCCCACUGUGAGGUGACGAGACCCAGUCAGCUGAAGACUGAGGGAAAUGAACAUUAUCAGCAUGCGUGGUUUGGUUGGACACGCUGUCACAAGAUCCCCGGCAAGCCCAGCAGUCUCACCGAGACGGCUCGCUUCAGGAAUCACACAGUCCAGGACGUUCCUACUAGCAGACAUUAAGGACACCACACCAAGAAAAACAAAGGUUUGUUUCCAGGCUUUGUUGAUCAUUCGUGAGCCUCCAUGGCGGACUGGAACUUCUUGGGGAAGCUGCUGGAGAGUGCCCAGUUUCACUCAACCGUGGUGGGCAAGGUCUGGCUCACGGUGCUGUUCAUCUUCCGCAUCCUGGUGCUCGGAGCCGCUGCUGAGAAAGUGUGGGGAGAUGAGCAAUCCGGCUUUACAUGCGACACCAAGCAGCCCGGUUGCCAAAACGUCUGCUACGACAAGACCUUCCCCAUAUCUCACACCCGCUUCUGGGUGAUGCAGAUCAUCUUCGUCUCCACGCCUACUCUUAUUUAUCUGGGUCACAUCCUUCACCUGGUCCGCAUGGAGGAAAAGGAGAAACUCAAGGACCUCGCCAUAAAGAAUGAAAAACAACAAGACCUAAUUAGCAAUAAGCCCGGAAAGGCCUCCAUUAAGGACGACCAGGGCCAUGUGCGUCUGCAUGGUGCUCUUCUGCGGACGUAUGUCUUCAACAUCAUCUUCAAGACUCUCUUCGAAGUGGCAUUCAUCGUAGCUCAGUACUUCCUSUAUGGGUUUGAGCUGAAGCCGAUGUACACCUGUGACCGCUGGCCCUGCCCAAAUGUGGUGAACUGCUACAUCUCUCGACCUACAGAGAAGACGGUCUUCAUCCUUUUCAUGCUAGCAGUAGCUGCAUUGUCCCUGCUGCUAAAUUUGGUGGAAAUAUACCAUUUAGGUUUCAAAAAAUGCCACCARGGUCUUCGCUACAGAAGGUCAAAGUUGGAAAGGGAAGCUCCCAAGGCCUUAAGUGAGGGGGUGAUACCUUUCGUUCCAAACUACACCUACUUUACAGGUCACUCUACAGUGGCUGAGCCCUUUCCUGCAAACUCAAAGUACAGUACAGCAGAGCCAAACUCUGCUUACAGCCCCUACAACAGCAAAGUAGUCUACAAGCAGAACAGAGACAACAUGGCUGUAGAGAAAAAAGGCAGAUCAGACGGAGACGAAGCAGAGAAGACAAAAACAUCCGGUCCUGUUACCCAUACUCCUGUGGAAAACCAGCGUAGAAACAGUCAGUCCAGCAAGCACAGCAACAACAAGGGCAGGUUGGACGACCUGAAGAUCUGAGAACUUCAUGUUUCCACCCAAGACUCAGGGACUACAGGAAAAACCCAUCACAGGAUGUGAUGAAUCUUAGACAUCUGUUAGCUCCAGAGAGGCUGGACUGAGCCACUCAAUACGACAGAAUUUCAGAACAGAAGUAUUGGGAUGAAUUUUGAAGGUUUGAGAGUUUACAUGCAAUAUCAAGAAUCUUUGACAAUGUAGACAGAAAGAAAAUAUCAUUUUGUAACUGAUUGCAUUUACCACUUUGAUCAACGAAAUAUUGACAAUGAUAUGAAUAAUUGUGUGUUGUAAUUGUAAACUUCAGGGAUCUCUUUAAGAUGUUUCAUUUCUGCAUUACCUACUGACUGUAAUCCUCAGAUGCACGGAGAAACAAUAUAUUGUUUUCAACAGGUUAAUUUGCACUGUUAURGCAUGAUGAAUGUAUGAACUGUUAUUGUUGGAGAUUUUCCUGAUAUGUUUAUAAUACUGACAAGUUUUAACGUAAAAUUAAGACUGAGAGUUUUAACRGCAAAACUACAUGCUACAAUAUAAAAUGACUAUUACACUGUAACAUUUUUAAGAAGCCAUGGUGCUGUUUGUUUACAACUGUAAUAGUUUAUUGUGUAAUUUUUUUGGUUUGAAUGGUUGCUAUCUUUUUGUUUUGGAACAAAUUUUUUGUUAUUUUUGUGUAAAUUUGAUUAGUUCUGCAAUAUUUUGCCUUGGGUAGGUAGAAUGGUAGCUACUGCAGUUGAAUUCUCUGUUUGUUUACAAUGGUAGGGCUUUUCGUCACGGAGUACCGCAUUUGCCUUUUUAAAUAAAAAGUUCCUAGAGAAGAUUCAAAAGUAUCCAAAUAUAAGGACAAAGUAGAUAAGUUGGUCAACAGUGGUUUUCUCAUUUCAGGCUGCUUACCCCCCAUGUUUAUCCCACAAUUGUCUUUUGCCCACUUUGGAGGAAUUUUCCAAAAUACAGUAUGUAUGCUUUCAGCAGGGUUAAUUACAUUUAAGAAGAUUUUUCAGCUGCUUAGAUUAAUAAUAUAUUUUGUGCCAAAAAUACCUUUGGCCAAAUAUAGCGCCAUUGAUUUUAUUUUUUUGAGCGCAUCAAAUGUUGUUUUUUUUUUUUGUUGUUUUUUUAUCAAAGUCUUGUUAAAAUUAAACCCUAUUACAAAAACAUUGCAUGCAGAUGUCUUAAAUUUCAAAAGUACAUACCUCUGAACUAGCAGUUCAUGUUAUUUGAUUGUAUUUGUUUUGGACUUAGAGAAUUAUGCCUAUGAUACUUUGAAAAAUAAAUGGUUGUCAAAGGA